CCCUCCAGCACCACCAUCAUCGUUUCGUUUUCAUUGCAGGACUUGCUUUCCGUAAACACUGACUGUGGAGCUGUUUAAUGUCAGACAAACUCAUGACUUGUGUUACAAUAACUGGAUUUGGAGUCUCCUUGUAGUGAAGUGACACUCGUCCUACUCUUUUGGCUGAAUCAGGAGACCAUGUGGGAGUCACAUGCGUGCGGAAGAUGAGCAGUAAACAGAAGCCAGGAGCACAGCCCAUGUCUGAGCGUGUUACACUAUGAACAUCACCACACAGCCCCCUCACACCAUCAACGGAGACGUGGCCGUCAGCUACGUGCUGGUCCCCUUCUUCCUCAUCACUGCCAUUGGGAUUGUUGCAGCAGUGGUGUUGUACAUAAGGAGGAAACGGAGGAUUGAUAGGUUGCGGCAUCAGCUGCUUCCAGUUUACACUUAUGACCCAACUGAAGAGCUGAACGAGGCAGAACAGGAAAUCCUUUGGAAAGAGGAAGACACAAAGGUGGUCCAGGGUUGGAUGAGGACGUAUCAGCAGCGCAGACCCCUGCUUUCAAAAGAUCCUGAUGCAUGAAAAUCAAGAUUCACCAGAUGGACAUUUUGAGCAAUAAGCUACUGUUUGAAGAAGAGCUUUAGUGACAUGAGAAAUUUACAAGACACUGAAGACUCGAGCGAUUGGAUCAUAUUGUUCACCUCAGGUCUCUUUUCGCAGAUAUGGUCCAGCUGAAGCGCAGCUUUGCUGUCUGAAUAGUAAGACUUAAGAAGGAUGUUAAUUCGCCACUGUGUUUUUUAUUUAUUUUAGCUGUAUGUAUUCUGCUGAUGUUCUGUACUAUUAAAUCCUCAUGAGAGCUGUUCA